UGGUCAUUCUUGGUGAUGGCCGACGUUCGCGUGUUUCGCACGCUGGAACGACCCCCAGACGAGCUCAGGCAACUGCUUCGCGACGCGCCGCACCUCGCAUACACUGUGCAUCCGACGCUUGGCUGCAAUGCGCUCUUCUAUGCAUGCUGCGUGGCGACCUCCGCGCAUCCAUCGUCACAAUCCGCUCCUCAAGGCGACGACCGAGGCGACGGUCUUCAUCCCAAUGCGCGUCCAUCCAGUCCGCACGAGUCGUCGUCGUCCACCCAGCCGCCACUCGUGGUCGAGCGCGACUCGCUCAACCGCCGCGAGACGCGCAUCGCUAUUCUGGUGGAAGCCAUGACCCGGUUUAGCUCGCAAUUCAAGUAUGACACGCCGGCGCAGACCGAGCCUGCUGCAGACACUGCGAAUGCAAAUCCCCCUGCAAAUCCAGCAGAGUCGCCUACGAGCCAGCAGGCAGACCAACCCGCCGCCGCGGCCGUGACUUUGCCCUCCCAGCUGCAGACUGCUCAGCAGUGGGACUUUGAGCGCGACGAUAGCCCGGACGCGUUUCACGCCGGAGGCGGAGUCGUGUUCCAUUGCGAUGCCGUCAAAUUUCAAGCCGCCAAGCGCCGUGGACCUCCGCCAACGUCGCAACAAGUCGCCGAAAUUGUGCAUUCGGCGAUGCAGACGCUCGUCCGAGCUUUUAAACUGCUGGGGAGCUCGCACUCGUCGAGUCCCGUUUCCAUUGCGACUCGACGUGUCGGAAAACUCGUCUUUGCCGGCACGCCGAUCGGCGACAAGGGCCUUCGCGAAGUGUUUGAGCUCUUCCACACCUUUUUGAUCUUUGACACGCUGGACAUUUCCAAUUGCAACAUUUCCGGAACGGGACUGUCCGAGUUGGCGCUGCAUUUCGAGGCGUGGCGCGCUCGGGAAACCCGCUACGGCCUCCAUCCCGUUCUCCGGUCUGUCGUUGUCCACUCCAAUCCCGGAGUUUGGGACGAGAGCGCGCUCGACGAGUUGGGGCUUGCCAUGCGCGCCAGCAACCAAGUGUUGCAUUUUGAAGUGCUGCCACCGAGUGGGAGUACCAGCCUGGCCCCAACAACAACAACAACGAACGAUGUGCGGUCGCGUAUGGAGCGGGAUUUGGCACCAACAGCGCUUCGCUUGCAACGAGAGGCACUGCAGGCCUACCUUCACUUUACACUGCGAAAGCCCGCCGACGAGGCCGAGCUGCUGGGCAUGUAUGGUUACUUUCCUCCCAAAAGCACCGAGCCGGAGGCUGAGCAGCAAUACGCGAGACUGAAACAGCCUCGCUCGACCAUUGCCUGCUCUGGUAUUCAAGAGGAGGGGGUUUUGAGUGCGGUUUGUUCGAGGAUCCUCGACUUGCCCGAGAGCCCGUCUGAUCUUUGUCUGCUGGCCGCUGGCAACAGCCUGGGCCACACGCAUGCCUUCAACUCCAUUCCCUUGCAGUGUAUCGCGUACCUGGACCUCUCCAACAAUCUGCUGGAUGACUCGACGCUUUCCGAGCUGGCUCGCCUUGCCGCGUUGAGGGUUGCCAUCUUGGACGACAACUUGCUUGCGUUCGCCGACGUGACGACUUUUCUCAGCCAGCUCCCCAACCUCAAGCACCUCCAGCACGUGUCUCUGAACGCCAACAAGAUUACGGCUGCAAGUGCAUCCAAUCUGACUCAAAUGCUGCGCGUUCUGGCCCAUCUAGGUGAAUCAAGCGACAAGCCUGAGGUUCACGUCAAUCUUCAGAGUUUGGAGGAAUCAUUGGCCGAGCCGUUGGUUGGCACUGACUCUUCAUUCAAACUUGCCUCAUCGCAUGGUGUUGAAUCGACAGCGCAGGCAGCUCCAGUCGAAGCUGCUACAGCAUCGGUAGUUGAAGUGGAGGCGCAAACGCCGAUGGCACCAGCGGAGAGUCCCACGACCGAAGAAGACACUCUAGCCGCACCAACGGAAGAGCAGAUAUCGAGUUCUGCAACCACAUCCAAACAACAACAACAGCAGCGACCCGUCGUUGUACAAUUGCGCCAGAAUCAACUUGGUGCAAGCGGCGUGCGAGCUGUGCUGGACGAAUUGGAGUCCUUGGCCACCAGUUCCACUCCGUCAACGCUGCUGCUUGAUCUUCGCGACAAUCACGUCGACAAUCUCGAGGUGGAUUUCAAGCUUCACCAUUUUGCGACGCGCUCCUAUGCGCCUCUGCUGGACGAAAUCGACGCGGCCAAUCAGCUGUUCUUCCAGCGUACAGACGCAUCCAACACAACCCACCGGGUCCCCUUUACCAUGCGAGGGCUGUUUAUCGGUGCUGUGCCAGGACUUGCUCGCAACGGUUCCGACAAGCGAGAUUUGGCAGCAUGCCUCGGCAAAGCAACUCACCCGAUGAUUCAUGGGUCACUCGACGUUGUGGUUGAGACCAAGCACAUUUUUGAUGGCGGCACCCAAGCCGAACAAGUCAACACAAUCAUUGAAACGAUCGGAAAGCUCGAGGCAGAGCGUGCGUUGCCUCAUUUUCUCGUCCUUUGCUACAACGAGCACGAUCGGAGGACGUUGGAUGACCUGCCGCUUCAAUUCUACUCGUUGCGAUCCGUGUACUCUGGACCCGUGCUGCUGCUUGCCACUCGAGAGGAAGAUUUCCCCAGCUAUGCUGGCCGGGCGGUGCUGGCUCGCGAGGGUCGGGAGCUUGCCCGCAUGUUUGGGUGCCCGUUCCUCCGUCUGGCACAUCGAAUUCCCGCACAAGUGACGUUCGAGCAUGUCGUUGCAACCUGGUGCGUCCAGUACACGCUGGACUGGUUUGAGUGCAACCGGCGCCCCUCUUCCGCACGCGUUCGGCUUCAGGCGGGACCUCCAGCGCGCUCCAACCCUGCCGCCCAGCGCGCCAGCCCCCGCCCACAGCUCCCGCUGAUUGUCCUGUUUGGCAAAUCUCGAGCAGGCAAAUCCACCCUCAUCAACUCGGUAUUCCGGCGCGAGGUCGCUCAAGUCGCCACUUUGAAAAAUGUCGGCGGUGUCACGCAGGCCAACACGGUGCACAACUACAUGGGGCGUUUGCUGCUGGUCGACACCAAAGGCUUCGAGGCUGGCGACGCACCUGUUUCGGCCAGCGAAGCUGAACAGCAGCGGGCCGACGAGCAAGAGUCCCGCUCUCAAAUCGAAAGCAUCGUCGAGUACACGCGCACACACAACGUGCGCAUGUUGUGGUAUGUCACAAACAGUUUCCAUCGAGUGGAUCCGGUCGUGGUCGACUUUGUGUGCAACACGGUGCCAGCGCUCGCCAAAAGGCUAGGGCUUCCCGAGCUGCCCGUCAUUUUUGUGCGAACACACUGCGAUGAAAUGACCCAUGUCGAGUUUCAGCGCGACGUCCGCAAGCUGGAAGCGAGCAUGCGUCCGGCGUGGGGCAAGUGGCCAGCGCACGUGAAGGCUGUGCUCCCAAUGACGCGUUCGGACGUUUCGUACGCAGGUGUCGACUACUUGAUCCAAACGGCCUUGGCGUGUGGGUUGCCAACCGAAGGCCUGAAUGCCCAACGGGCACUCGAAAGCCCCGCCGUCAAGGCGCAGAUUGUGGAAAAGUUUUGCUGCCCGUUCGUUCUUGAAGCGCCGGAGACCAGCAGCAGCAGCAGCAGCAACAACAGCAACAGCAACAGCAGUACCGCUGCGACUGAUUCCCAAGCUUCGGGGGCGGAGGGCGACGCGCCGUCCCUGUUCUUUGGAUCAUCGGCUGCACAAAGGUGCGGCAAGCCACUUGGCACGUUGCGUGGCGCGCCAACUCUCCUUUCCAGCGGAGCGCGCUGCGUCGAUCGACAUGUGACGCCUUAUCUCAAGUACCGCGAGCAGGCCAUGCUCUCCAAAGUCCAACUGCGUGCCGACCUCAUCCGCUUUGCAGAGCAGCUCUUGUCGUCCACUCACGAGGAAGAAUCGCUUGCUUCGGUGAUUCAAGGGCAGUGCAAAACGCAUUCCUGCCGCGCCUUCUUUUCGACGCUGGGUGUGGUUUGCGAAAAGCUUGUGCUCGAGUCCCCUUUAUCUUCUUCCUCCUCUUCUUCUGCUUCUUCAGCGGCCAAUAACGACUCGGCCACCGCUAUUCAACAUGUCAAACUCCCUUCCACGAGUUCCAUCGCGUCCCUCGGAUUGGAUGCGACGCUUCCAACAUUGAUUCAUCACAUUGCUCGCGAGUGGCGCGUGUCGCCCGAAGCAGAGCGCAUCGAGUGCACGCGCUGGCUCUUGCUGGCGCAAUUCUGGCGGGAAACGGCCAGGAAAACGGCAGAGACUGCCGGUAUGGCGUGCCCGGUGUUGGAUCUGAGCGGAGCGCUGCCAAGCGACUCUCCUGCCGUCCUGCCCUCACGCAAACAAGUCGGUUUGCUCGAUGCGGCGGCCGUGUCUCUGCUUUGGGACAAGUAUCUCCAGCUGACCGAUCUCGUGCAGGCCGAGCAGCUUGUUGAGCAGGCCCAAUUCAGCAGCAGCCACUCUGCCCGGGCACCGCAGCUCGGCGGUGGUGCAGUCGCAUACAAGACACAGAUGCAGCGGUUGCAGGUUGUUUUGCGCUUCCCCGUUCUUGCAGAUGCACUUGUCAAGGCACUUGCCCAGCUUCUUCACGCGUGCUGCAUCGAGGUGGCUGUGGACGGACAGCGAGCGUCGAGCCAUCGCACCUGCUCCACACACUGCCUGUCCAUCGGCUGGUUGGACGUGGACGGCCACCCGCACAUGCAAUCGUGGCGUACUCGAAUCGGCGCGCUCAUUGAGCGGUUUUUGUGCUUUACUGGCGUUGUUGGCGAGGCGCGCGCUCCUACCGAAGGCGAGCCGCGGGAAGAAGCGCCCUUCCCGUCAGCAGAGUCGUUGAGCGCGCUGUAUCGGAACGCCGUCUGCGUGCUCAUUGCAGGCACAGCACUGUCAGGCUGCCCAAACCGACCGGCAGUUCUUUUGCAGUACGACAAUGUCCCUGGUCUUGUUUGGACCACCAGGACGUCGGUUUCAGCCUUGGUUCGACAGCAAACGCUGCUUGAGGAGCAACGGCGCCCGCAUCGCCUGCAAGCUGUGGAUCAAACGGCGAUGGAUCGCUUCCGGGACGCGCUGUCACUCGUGACGGCAACCGAUGCCUCCAGCAGCCACGAAGCGGCGCUCGAAGACGUGACGGUGUGGAACUUGGAGGUGCACACGCGGCUCGUCGCUGAAAUGAUUGAAGCGUUGCGCUUUGCUUGGUCAGACUCCAACAUGUGGUCCAUCUUCCGUCUGGUCUAUCUGCGCAUGGCGACGGUUGCGCAACAAAGCUGGGUGUUUUCCAAGCGGCGGUCUCAGCGGAAUCUCGAGCUGCAGGAUGCCAUUCUGACGCAGUGGCUGAGCACACUGUCUGAAGCAUCUCUUGGUGCACUUUGUUUCUCGACUGACUGUUUGGCCGAGCCUGUGGAUGGCGCUCAAUUUGGCGUGCAGACCGAAGGCAAAUCUGCAGCCGCUGUUCGCGAAAUUGCGCAUGCCAUGUUCUCCGAGCGCGUAUCUGCCGCACUCAACGCCGCCAAAGCCAGUGCAGCGAGUGCUCGGGAGUCUGUGAUGGCCGAUCCUGACAAGUAGACCUUUCUUUUCCGACGAAUGCUUUUGGUUGCUCGAUUGAUUGAUUGAUUCACUGUGAUUUUGUUCCAAUCCGAUUUUUUUUUGACUCAAUGUUAAAUCCUCC